AUGCUGGAACUGAAUGAAGAGUCAAUCGUCGGCCUUCUGGGUGCCAUCAAUCCGGUCGCAUCCUUCUUUUGGACCCCAGUCGCUUGCGCGUUCGCGGACAGACACAAUAUUCAGCAGCAGGUCGUCUACGUGGCAUCGAUCCUGUACGCCGUUACCCGGCCAUCCGUGUUGUUGGCCAGCUCCUUCCUAGCCGUGGCGGCCGUGGAGAUUUCGGUUUCGGUCUCCGAAAGCCCCGUCGGUAGUCUCGUCGACGCGGCCAUCAGGCACGCUUCCGGGGGAGAUGGGUUCGGCUCCCAGCGGUUAUGGGGUGCUGUGGGCUUCGGGACCGCCUCGCUGGUCGCCGGGUAUGUGUGCGAUCUGUACGGAGGCAGCUUUUCCGGCGUGAUGCUGGUGUUUGUGGGGAAUGUUCUGGUGGCGCUGAUGGCGUCGACGGGCGUUCCUAUCGGGCAAGUAAACAACGACAACGACAACGGCAACGGCAACAACGACCAAAACAUCGAAGGAGCCAGCGGCGGAAGCAACGCAUCCGGGGAGGUGUUGGAGUCCGCGGACAGGGAGAAUAACGACAAAGGAAUAGGAUGGAAGGGCGUCCACCAAGAGCACAAGAAAGUGGGCUCGAGCCUGAGGCUUACGGUUUCAACCUCUAACACCAGCACCGCCGCCACCGUUGCCGCCGCUGCUGCGGACAAUCACCUCGACCUCCACGACGACGAUGACGACGACGACAAUGAAGCCCAAACAACUGAUGGCGAUGCACUAUUGGAGUAUCACCCCGGGGACAGUAGGACGGGCGGUGGAGGUAAACGGGAAGGGGGGGAGGAAGAAGGAGCGGGAGAGAAAGCUGGUGUGGUCAUGGCCAUCCGCAUCAUGCUCAGUACGGACGAGAGCGCGUCAUUCUUCACGGCGGUGGUGCUGAGCGGCAUGGGCAGAGGUGUCAUCGACACGUUUCUGUUCAUCAGGCUGGAAGAGCUGGGCGGCUCUCGCGUUCUGUGCGGGUUGGCUCGUCUCAUCAUGUGCAUGGCGGAGGUGCCCUUCUUCUACCUGUCGGGGCCGCUCAUUCGGCGGGCCGGGGCGAGGGGCGUGAUUGCCCUGGCCCAGCUGGCCUACCUCACUCGCUUCGUCUACUACUCGGUUCUUCGAGAGCCGUGGUGGGUGCUGCCUUCGGAGGUGUUGCACGGCCUCACCUUUGCGGCCAUGUGGGCAGCUACCACCGACUACGCGCACCAAAUUGCUCCAGGUUAGGCUUGUAGACCUUGAAAAAUAUCAGUCAAGCUGCCUAAAAAUUUUGUUUUCCGUAUAUUCAAAUGAUCAGUGAAAAUGAUCAAUGAGAGGCUUGCAGACCCAUAGCUGUGUUUUGUACUUCUGACUUCUCUGUCCCCUCCCCAAUGUGAACCCCGCCGGCUCACUGCAGCUCCUGUGAUUUUCCACAAUUCCCACAAGCACACCAGCACAAACCUAUCUUUGCAUCAGCGGCUCCCUAGGUUCGGGCGAGGGUAUGUGUGGGACUACGAUGAUAUUUAUGUGUUGCUACAUGUAUUUUUGACUCGUCUGUACUGCUGCUGCUGUGUAGUGUAGCUGCUCACACGAUUACUGCUAGAUCUUGGAAGCGUACAUUUUUUAAUUUAGAGAAUAUGCGGCAUACCACGAUAUCCUGGCCUGGUUGGGCUUGAAGUGCCCCUUUUUGCUGCCCUCCGCUCUUUGCUUCGGUGGCGUCCUACAUUCGGGCGAAGGCAUGUAAGUGGAGCUAUUCAUGUUUGUCUCUGUGAAAGGAUGUAGGGAGAGAUUCGUUGUGGCCUUCGUUUUUAGCGCAUUGCGCUCUGUGCAUUUUUCGAAUAUUGGUACGUACCAGGGACCUUGAUAUUGCCCGCUGGCACUACAUUACGUAUCUUGAUUGGUCGCCGGUUAGCACGGUCGAUGAUAGCAAUAACGACACACCCACCUAUGGACUUGCGAACACCUGGCGUGAAGGGAUAUAGGGCGGCAACUCCAAAGCAUGCCACCACACCAGCCUUUGCAAAUGACCAAUCAGUAAUCUGUCAUGACGCCGGUAGACCCAAAGGGUUGAGCUUCCUGUGUGGUGUAGGUAUAUGCUACAAGCAUGGCUUUGUCGCCAAACAACAUAAGUGGUUCCAAGGCCGAGCCUUCGUUCGCUCACGCAUCAACUCACAUAGUCUACAUAGCUAGAUGCCCCUCCCACCCUUGACCGAAACGUGUCGCGUUCAUGCACACAACGAAAUGCUCUCCAGCUCAAUUGCGAACAACGAUUCAAGGCGCGGUGUCAGGGUUGCAUGGGGGCCUCGGGUUGGGACUGGGGGCGAUGCUGGGAGGAGUGCUGUACGCCGGCCUAGGCGCCAGGCGGUGCUUCGCUGUCAGCGCCUCUCUGCCGUCGUUGUCUCUGCUCCUGCUAGUGUUGCCCACGGCGCGCCGCUGGUGUAAAAGCCACCGGGCGGGAAGGCGGACGCGUACGACAGGGCCAUGGCGUUGACGACGGGCGUAUGUACGAGCUCGUCGGCGACGAACCCUUCCGAAAUGACGGAUCAGAAGGACAAGACAGACCACAGCAGCAGCAGCUUGAGCGAUGGCGAAAAUCUCGAACAACAACUGGGAGUGGGGGUGCCAGUGUAGACAAACAGGAUGAUUUCUUCUCCUGCAUCGACACAUUGAAGUAGAGGGUUUCGACGCGCUUUGUCUGGUGUUGUGUCUCUUGCGUUUGUGUCUGAUGUGGGUCGCAGAAACGAUCAAAGUACUGGUGUCUCAAUCUCUCGGAGAGGGUUUCGCGCACAUGAGUAUAGCAGAGAAAACGAGGAAAUGGUCACCAUAGUAUGGUAUGGGAGGCUGCUGGACAACACAAGUUUAUUUUGUACAUGGUUUACGGGAAAUUAUUGUUCGUUGUUGUACUUGAAGUAUAUCGUUAGUUUUCCAUCGCUGUUGCAGGCAACAGAUCUGUGUUGACAGAUUUAUUAUAUUCCGGGGUACUCGCCUACAGAGUGUAUGAGGCGGUGCCUACUGCGUCCU